AAAUGCGCAGUAGAAAGACGAAACACCGAUGGAAUUCAAAACACUUUUUCAUCCACCCUGCAGACUAUUCAGGAAAGGGUUGUUAAGAUAACUGUGGAACAACUAGGCGUCGAUGAGGCGAAAGUCACUGCGGAAGCUGGUUUUGUGGAAGAUCUUGGCGCUGACAGUCUAGACACGGUGGAACUCGUGAUGGCUUUCGAGGAGGAAUUCGAGGUGGAAAUCCCAGACGAAAAAGCGGAAGAGCUGAAAACUGUGGGACAAGUCUUGGACUACUUGAAAGAAAACAUGAAGUAAUCAUCGGAGUUUUGAGUUCUUGUAUAGCUGCUUGGAUUUUCCCACAGUUUACCGCAUUGCUGGACGCUGUGGCACUGAUUGCAAACUCGUGUACAAGUAACAAAUAGACUAAAAUUUGUUUUUAAAAGGGAAUUUUGUGGAAACUGAUAGAAAAAGUAAAGGAAUAUUUUAACAUGCUUCAGAAAAUUUUUAACUAAUUGUCUGGUGAGAGGUCUUUUGUUUUGAUUUUCAACUCAUGCACAUAUAAACAUUGAUAGCCAAGAAAAACUUCUGGUUACAUGUAUGGGAGCUAACACAGUUUUAGGUGCAUGGAGUAGCUAGGCCUGGUAAAACUAAACGUCAGUUUUUGUGUCCUCUUGUUCCGUUUCGCUUUGCGUCUGAUUUGGUUUUCGCUUUUUAUGUGAAAUUUAAGGGAAGCUGAAACUCUUUCGAUGUGUGAUGUUUGAAUUAUUCCCAAAAUGUUUACAAGUUCUGAUUAAAACAGCCUGGAAAUUUUUAUUUCAA